AUGAAUCGUUGAAUUGUUUCCAAAAGACUAUCCUUAGCCACAGCCUUUAGUAAAGAGCAGACCCCCAAAAUCACCGCCCCCUAUAAAUGAAUCCCCCCACCCUUGUUUCUCAGCCACUCUAUUUCUGAGAGAUCACUGAGCCACACUGUAGCCCACGGAUUGGACACUGGGAAUGGGACCUCUAAGAACCAAGACCAACUUUCUAUUAUUUCGAGUCUUCCUAAUCCGAAGACACUUUUUUAUCCAAAGAGAAUAAUUAAUCUGCUGAAUGGAAAAGGGAACUGUCCAAAGGAAAUCACAAAUGGGAUAAAGUAGGGAUUUUUCUUUUUCGUCCAACUAGGUCUCGGCAGUCAUUAAGCUAAAAUAAUUUAGUAAAUAGGCCUAAUUUGAUUUGUUUAGAAUUUCUGACCAUACAUUGUCACAGGUAGGGUAUUCAUAUAAUGCCCUUUUUUUAGAUACAUAAUUUAAAGAAAAGAGAUUGAAUAGCCUAAAUUAACAUGAGGAUGAAAUUUCCAUCAAAUGCAAAUAUUUGUUGUUAUAUUUUGACAACAAUUUAGUAGUUGUAUAAUUAAAUAUUUCUCCGGGUGGAAAAUAACCGAAGCAUCCUUGUAGCCUACAUAGAUCACAAAGAACCUGAAAAACCUUUAGUAUUAUAGCCUAAGCAACGGAAGUCUAUUGUGUAAAAAUAUUUCUGAAGGUGCGUCUCUAGGGUAUCCGUGCAUGGCGCUAAAAGGUGUUGAAGCAAAUACGUUUUCGGCUUUCUACAAUAGUUACAAUGGCAAAAUGGUUCAAAGACUUUCCCAUCAAUUUGAAGAACGGUACCGACAGGAUCCGCUCUGCCUCUGAAUCAGGGUCCCAGUCACGAACCAAAGCGGGGCUGGUAGCUGGCACCAAGGCAACUAGCUCAAAAGGUAGUCUGCGCAAAAACUCGGGCACAGAUAACGGCGGUGGAGGAAGUGGAGUUGGCUCUUUAUUGUCUGGAAGAAAUCGAAAAAAUUCUGCAAUCGAAUUGGGAAGAAAUGGCUCACCAGGUUCAACAAAAGACGGCAAAGUUUGGGAUAGUCUUAUUCCAGGGAAGAGUCGAAAAAAUUCCAAAGCUGAUAUGGUGUUUGAGGAACACCGGCCAAAAAGUUCUGCUAAUGCCUACAUCAGUCGCCUGAUAAAAGUAGACAAACAGGACAAGAGUCCAAACUUCAACAAUGGUACCACCUGUCAAGUGAUAUCCGAGACAGAGAAAGGACAGACCCAGUGCAAAGCAGAGACGGUGAUCAUACUGGAGGACUAUGCAGAUCCCUUUGACGCCCAGAAAACCAGGGAGCAGAGAGUGGCAGAGAGAGAGGGCGAGAACGAUGGCUACAUGGAGCCAUAUGAUGCCCAGCAGAUGAUAACAGAGAUCAGACGAAGGGGCUCCAAGGACCUGCUAAAGAUGUGUGUCCUGCUGGAGGGGGGCGAAGGGUCCACAGACGAGGACCGCCCUGCCGGGGCCAACCAGAUCUAUGACAUCCCGUACGACGCUGGCACCGAGAGUGACGGAGGAAGUACCAAGACCCCCGUCACCCGUCCAGAGUUAGACCCCCGGCCCUCUGUGGAGUACGAACUGCCCUGGGAGUGGAAGAAGGAGCAGAUAGUGAGGGCCCUGUCAGCUCAGUUUGACAGCGCUGAGCGCCCCUCCCCAACCAAAGAUGAGCCCCCCCACCCCACCCUAACGAGGCAGCCCCAGCAGCAUCUACGACAAAAGAGCUGGAGCCAAAAGAUCCUCAAGUCUUCCCCCACCCUGUCCCCCUCUUCUGCCCCCAGCCUCACUCCGGAGGGAGAGGGGAGCCGUGUCGACCCCAUGCUGCCCCUGGAGAAACAGAACUGGUACCAUGGCUGUGUGACACGCCAAGAAGUAGAAUCUCUACUCCAGACCUGCAAAGAAGCUAGUUUCCUGGUCAGAAACAGUGAAUCAGGAACAAGCAAGUACUCCAUUGCCCUUAAGACGAGCCAAGGCUGUGUGCACAUCAUUGUGGCCCAGACCAAAGAGAACGGUUUCACACUGGACCAGAGCAGCUGUGUGUUCUCCAGCAUCCCAGAGGUGGUGCACCACUAUGGCACCCAGAGGCUGCCUUUCACCGGAGCAGAGCACAUGACCCUCCUGCACCCUGUGCCCCGCCCUCACUGACUGACCCCGCCCCCCACGGCGCCCUCGCCUCUCGCUCUGAUUUUGACCUUCAGUCUCACUUAGAGAAAAAAAAAAUCUCCAGGCAACUGAAUGGCCGUCACAGACCGUUAAAGCACAACCUGAGAGAGAGAGAUGACCCAUUGACCCAUCGAGAUGAACGUCUUUACUCGUGUCCCUCUCUUGCUCAGCCUCUCUGUUGCUCAUCCUCCUCUACCCUGUAUACGUGUUGCCUCCCUGACCCUUUUGGUCUUUCCCAGAGCUGCGAGCUGCUCUUCCAUGCUGCCGUGCCAUCUUAUCCAUUCACUUGCAGCUCAUGCAAAACAGCUUGACGACUACUGUUUUGCAUGUGCACAUGGGAGUAGCUCUGUCCAGAUGGCGUUUUGAUUGGGCAAACAUGGGGGGGGGGGAAAGGGGUUGGUCUGAAGAUUGCUGCUGUUUAUGAUCCUCUAGCUCUCUCUGGUGGAUGUGCUGGCUCACUGCACCAAUUAGACAAACCUAUAUACUAAACUGUGGUGACUCAACAAGAUGGGAGUAUCACACCAUAUCGAAUGAAGAACACACACAGAGACAGAUGAACCUUGAAGUAGAAAUCUUAAGUUAUGGACUUGCGUUUAGAAGUUUAGAAGAGCUAUAUAGUUUCAGAUCUUUCUUUUUUCUUUGUGGUUCUUUGCCUUUGGAGAUACUGUGAAGAAUGCUGUUUGUGUGUGUAGGCAAUAUGCUCUGUAAUCCAUGAUGUCCUAAUGUAAAAGUGCCUUACUAUUUUCAGUAAGUUGGUAUCUGAAAAUGUUAUUGUAGUAGAAACUCAAUCAAAAUAUUAUGAUACAUUUUUGCAUUGUAUUAGUUUAUGACUUCAGCCCCUGGUGCUAUGGAAAAUGACCAAACAAAUGAUAUGUGCCAACUGGUCAUUUGUAUUACAAUUGAUGCUACUGAUGCAACCCUUGAUUCUUGUCUGUUGGUGCGUGCAUGUUGAUACCUACUGUUUUAGCAUGAAUGUGCUGGAUAGCUGAUUUGAAUUAAAACACAAUCCUGGAUUAUCCUCCAAUUGAUGUUUCCUUAUUUUAGGCCACCUGUUGUCAGAUGCAAGGUGGUAUGGGUUAUGUAAGGAUUUU